AUGGAAUAUAUUUAUUAUCGUAUUUUAUUACUCAUAGAUGAUAGACUUACUAUUAAAGAUCUUAUGUCAAUUCUUAUUGAUCCAAACGAUCCUUUAAUAUUACAAAAGAAGGAAGAAAUCAUUAAAGCAAUAUCUUAUUUAGUUCGUCUUAAUAGAUUAAAUAAAGUUGAAAUUAGAGAUAUUCAAUGUAAUGGAAUAAUACCAACACCUAGAAUAAACCAACAAAUAAAGAAAAGAGUUUGUUUUAUUGUAGAUGAAGCAGUGGUUUCUACUUUAAUGACUGGAAUUACCAAAACAGAUGAUAUCAAAAGAAUUGUAGUUCAUCUUUUUGAAACAGGAAGACUUACUAAUGAUCAAGUAUAUGCACUUAUAUGUCUUAUUGAACUUCUUAAAACACAACCAUGUGCAAAAGAUUCAAGAGCACAUUAUAAAAAAUUUUUUAAUGUUGCUAAUUCAUUAGUAAAUAUAAUAAAAUCAUUACAACAAUUAAUUUGUAAUGAAGAAGUAUUUGGAUUAUGUGAUGGAAUUGAAAUAAUAAAAAUGGAAUGUUUAAAAUAUUUAACUGAAAAAGAAAAAGAAAAUUAUAGAAUGAAAUAUACAAGUGCAUUAAUUGGUUCUAAUAGUAAAAUUAUAUCAUGUCAACAUACUCCAUUCUCUCCUCAAUUAAUACCACAUUCUGUUUUUUCUAGUUAUUUAUUUACAAUAUUUUUAAAUUAUAGUUAUAAUAGUGGAAUUUCUACUUUAAUUCUUCCUAAAGGAUCAUUUCUUCAAUCACUUCCAAAUCAAUUUCAUCAAUUUAAUUUCAUUCUUUCAACUACUUUUACACAUCGUCAAGAUAUUGUUUCUACUUCAAAUGCAUUACUUUUUUUAAAUGAAACAUUAAAAUCACAACCAAUUAUUAUUCAUGGUUUACAAUUUAAUAAGCCUCAUUAUGAAAAUAUUAUUUUCCCUAUUGAAUUCUCUCAAAGUCCAUUAAAAAAACAUCCUCUUAUUCAAAAAUUAUCAUCAGACCUUACUUUAUCAAAGUUUGUUGGAAAAAUAGUUUUAAUUAAUACAACAGAAAAUGACUUUGAUCUUAAUAAAUUUGAUAAUUGGGAAUUCUUCGAUAUUGUUUUUGGUAUUCCAAUGGAUUGUUAUGAUGAAAAUCAACAAUGUGUCAAUGCUUUACCAUCACUUUUAAUUGAAAAUAGUAAGGAAGAAAUGUGGGAGACUUCUUCUGAUAUUGUGCAAGUAUUCUUUCAAUUUCUUUCUAAGAAUGGGUUUGAUUAUAAUUCAUUGAACAAUCAGUAUAUUUUGAAAGAAGAUAUGUUAUUAUAUCCUUCUCAACCUAUUCUUUUUGAAAAAAAAAACAAUUAA